GGGACGGGCUCCGCGCGGAGCGGGAGGCGAAGGCGGCUCCGCAGGCGGCGCCCCGGGUCCUGCUUCGGCACCGGAGUGAGAUUCGCCAGACUGCUCUAAGAUGUCUUACAGAAAGGAGCUAGAGAAAUACCGGGACCUGGAUGAAGACAAGAUCCUUGGAGCCCUGACGGAGGAGGAGCUCAGGAAGUUGGAGAAUGAACUGGAAGAGCUGGACCCUGAUAAUGCAUUGCUGCCGGCAGGGCUCCGACAGAGAGAUCAGACACAAAAGCCUCCAACCGGCCCGUUCAAAAGGGAAGAGCUCAUGGCCCACCUAGAGCAGCAGGCAAAAGACAUUAAAGACAGAGAAGACUUGGUCCCUUUCACUGGCGAAAAGAGAGGAAAAGCUUGGAUCCCCAAGCAGAAGCCGAUGGAUCCUGUUCUGGAAAGUGUGACUCUGGAGCCGGAGCUGGAGGAAGCCCUUGCUAAUGCCUCUGAUGCAGAGCUCUGUGACAUUGCUGCCAUCCUUGGCAUGCACACCUUGAUGAGUAACCAGCAGUACUACGAGGCACUGGGCAGCAGCACCAUCGUGAACAAAGAAGGACUUAACAGUGUGAUUAAGCCCACAAAGUACAAACCAGUUCCUGAUGAGGAGCCAAACUCAACGGACGUGGAAGAAACUCUGAAACGAAUACAGAACAAUGACCCUGAUCUUGAGGAAGUCAACCUUAACAAUAUCAUGAAUAUUCCCAUACCAACUUUAAAAGCCUGUGCUGAAGCGCUGAAGACUAACACCUACGUGAAGAAGUUCAGUGUAGUUGGAACGAGGAGCAAUGACCCCGUUGCUUUUGCACUGGCGGAAAUGCUGAAGGUCAAUAACACGCUGAAGAGCCUGAAUGUGGAGUCAAACUUUAUCUCUGGGUCUGGCAUCCUGGCUCUUGUUGAAGCACUCCAGAGUAACACAUCCCUCAUAGAGCUCCGAAUCGACAACCAGAGCCAGCCUUUGGGCAACAACGUAGAAAUGGAAAUUGCCAACAUGCUGGAAAAAAACACCUCCCUGCUGAAGUUUGGGUACCACUUCACUCAGCAAGGCCCCCGGCUCCGCGCAUCCAAUGCCAUGAUGAAUAACAAUGACCUAGUCAGGAAGCGAAGACUCGCGGAGUUGAACGGGCCCAUUUUUCCCAAGUGCAGAACUGGAGUGUAGCUCCCAGCCAUGGAGGUCGUGCCCAGGGGGCCUGUGCUGCUGUGAAAACCUGAAGGCGAAAAAGUGCCUUGACAGAGCUAUUUGUGGUGCCUCGGUUCUGUUUCGUGCACUAACAGUUUAAAGUAACUAGUGGCUGUAGUUGAAGAUUUUUAUCCAGUAGGACUGUUGAUGUUUUCUGUAGAGCUGGAGACUAUUCAAGCCAGUAACCUGCCAGUGUUAUGCAACCCCAGUUGAGCGUACGACCCAGUGUA